GAGGAGGUUCUUCACUGGAUCCUGGCUGCCACUGCUGGGUGCCGAGUUGGUCCGAGUGGUCCCAAGGAACAGGUACAGUUUCUCUAGGUUGAACAAUCCUAGUCAAAGUACCCUUACCCCUGAAAAGUCCUGGUUAUGCUAAUACCUUGGUCACAGUGGGUAUCUGUGGGUAGGAAAUGGGGCAGGAGGACAGAAUGGUGCCCCAGAGGGGCUGGGGACCACAGUUGGAAGGUGUGGGAGAAGUUACAGGGAGCAGGCAGGGGAAUGGACAUGAUGAGCUCAGGGUCCUCUCUAGCAGGGGCAUACGGCUGGCCGUAGGUGGGGUGGGGGUGGGGGGACCCCUCAUGCUUCCUCCCUGCCACCCCACAACCACUUUGCUCCCUCCCAGAUGAUUGUGCUCCAGUCCCUCCAUAAGUACCAGCCCCGGCUGCACAUCGUUGAGGUGACGGAUGGAGAGCCAGAGGCGGCCUGCAGCGCUUCCAAAACGCAUAUCUUCACUUUCCAAGAAACCCAGUUUAUUGCGGUGACCGCCUACCAGAACGCAGAGAUCACUCAACUGAAAAUUGAUAAUAACCCUUUUGCCAAAGGAUUCCGGGAGAACUUUGAGUCCAUGUAUGCAUCUGUGGACACCAGCAUCCCCUCCCCACCUGGAACCAACUGUCAAUUGCUUGGGGGAGACCACUACUCUCCUCUCCUACCCAACCAGUAUCCCGUUCCCAGCCGCUUCUACCCCGACCUUCCUGGCCAGGCCAAGGAUGUGGUUCCCCAGCCUUACUGGCUGGGGGCCCCCCGGGACCACAGCUAUGAGGCUGAGUUUCGAGCAGUUAGCAUGAAGCCUGCUUUCCUGCCCUCUGCCCCUGGGCCUGCCAUGUCCUACUACCGAGGCCAGGAGGUCCUGGCGCCUGGAGCCAACUGGCCUGUGGCCCCCCAGUACUCUCCCAAGAUGGGCCCAGCCAGCUGGUUCCGCCCCAUGCGGACUCUACCCAUGGAACCUGGCCCUGGAGCUUCAGAGGGGCGGGGACCAGAGGACCAGGGCGCCCCCUCAGUGUGGACUGAGAUCACCUCCAUCCGGCUAGAGUCUAAUGACUCAGGACUGUGCGAAGGAGACUCUAAGAGGAGGCGUGUGUCCCCCUAUCCUUCCAGUGGCGACAGCUCCUCCCCUGCUGGGGCCCCUUCUCCUUUUGAUAAGGAAACCGAAGGCCAGUUUUAUAACUAUUUUCCCAACUGAACAGAUGACAUGGCCAAAGGAACAGAAAUAGUGUCAUUAGGUUGGAGGACACCAACUAACAUAGACAGCAGACUCAGGACUGAGAGGCUCCCCAGCUCCCUCUGUCCCUUCUUUUGUAGUUGGUUGACAAAGAAGGGGGCCAAGGCUGAUUCUGGGGUUUGCAUCUUGCUUCCUGGCCCCCAUGAAACCCGAGAGGAGUGUUCCCUUCCUCUCCCUUUGCCCCAACUACAGACGUUUACCUGGUGCUCCUUCUGGCUGUGGGUUCUCAGCCCAAGAACAGAAAACAGAACAAGAGCCUGGCCACAGAGGAGCUUUCUCCCUCCUGGGGGUGCGCGUGCGGUCCGUGCGCAAGGGGGGGUCUGGAGACCGGCGCUUUCCCUUGGCGGACUUUCAGUCGUUUUGUUUGCAUGUGUAAACUCCUGGUCUGAAAAGAAAGAUCUGUGGAUUUUGUAACAACAGCCAUCCAGCCAGGGGCCAGGAGAGGACGCAGGUGACCCUGGGCAGCUGGCCUGGGCCCCACCCGCUCAGAAACAAUGGGAACCUGAGGAAGGGGCUGGGGAGGGGGCAUGGUACGCUUGGUGAGAAGCAAAGUCUUGGGGGUAGUGGCUGUGGGUGCGCGUGUGCUUUUUUCUUUUUUUUUUCCUUUUUGGAAUGGGGGAGGCUAUUUAUUGUACAGAGAGUGGUGUCUGAAUGUAUUUCAUUUGUCUCCAUCACUUUCUGAAAAUAAACAUGAAACUGUCAA